AUGAAUAAGAGGGAUAAGCAAUGUGCUAUUCUGAGUCUCUUGAAGAUGAAUAAAGUUGGAAUUGGUGCCUUAUUAGAGAAUAAAUUGAAGAAGGAUAAAGUUGACGAUAUGAUGGCUAAGUUGUUUCUUGGCUGGGAUUAUUAUAGCAGUAAUGUCACAGAAGGAAGAAUUUUAGUUAUUUGGCAGAAGUCUUUUAUCAAAGUUCAGGUCCUGAUGGAACACCAACAGUUUAUUCACUGUUUGGUUAAGCUCACAGGUGUGCAGACAGUUUUUUUGGUCACAUUUGUCUAUGGCCUUAAUACCAUGGAAGAGAGAUUGGAGUUAUGGAAGGGUCUUUCUUUUACACCUUUACCUGAAAAACCUUGGUUGACUGUUGGAGAUUUCAAUGCUGUUUUUCACUUUGAUGACAGAGCUGGUGGGAAGACAAUAAGUGUUGCUGAGAUUCAUGACUCCACUGCCUGGCUAGCUCAAAUUCAGAUGGCUGGAUGGUGGGGUAGGGUGUACUCGAAGAUUGAUCAUGCUUUUAGUAAUGAAAAUUGGGCUGAAUUUCAAUGGGAUGUUAACUCUGAUCAUUGUUAUUGCCUUAUCAAAACUCACAAACAUGGAAAUUUGGGCACAAAACCAUUUAGAUUUUUUAAUCUUUGGAUUGCUCACAGAGGGUUCAAGGAGGUUGUUAGUAGUAACUGGAACAAACCUAUGGUAGUGAGGGGAUUACAGGGUGUGAUUAAAAAGCUACUCCGGCUUAAGCAUGUUUUGAAAGCAUUCAACAGGGAUGAAAUUGGAGAUGUAGGGAAGAGAUAUCAUCAAGCUAAAGGUGAAUAUCAAUUGGCACUAAAUAGAGCUCAAACUUCCCCAACGAAUAUCCAAGUUCAGGAAGCUGAAAAAUUUGUAGUAGCCAGAUAUCAACAUCACCAUGCAAUGUAUAGAAGCUUUUUGAUUCAACGAAGCAAAGUAACUUGGCUGCAAAAGGGUGAUGACAACAACUCUUACUUUCAUGCUUGCAUUAAAAAAAGGAGAGAGGAGAAUCGAAUUGUUUCAUUUCAGAAUGAGCAGGGGGUUGUAAUUGAUGAUUACAAUAAAGUUGUUCACCAUUUCCUGGACCAUUUCAGAGGUUAUAUGGGAAGCACCAGUUCAGCAAUAAGUACUAUUAAUUCUCAAUGCAUUGAUCUUGGUCCUUGUCUGGGUAUUGAGAUGCAACUGAGGCUUAUUAGGAAGUUUAGAAAAUCUGAUGUUAAAAAGGCUUUGUUCAGCAUUCCGGGUACUAAAAGUCUAGGGCCUGAUGGCUAUGGCUCUGAGUUUUACAAGGCAAUGUGGCAGGACAUAGGUGAUGAAAUCUCUGAGGCAAUUCUUGAGUUCUUUAACACUGGGAAGAUCCCUGCUGAGCUUAAUGAAACAGUCCUAGCUCUGGUUCCUAAAAUUGAUAUGCCUAGCAGUGCGCUAAGGGCUACACAACAUGAUUUCAAGUUUCAUCCUUUGUGUAAAAGCCUCAAGAUUAUCAACCUUUUCUUUGCUGAUGAUUUAAUUAUCUUCUGUAAAGCUAAUAAAGGCUCAGUUCAGCGUGUUAAACCGAUUUUUGAGGACUUCUGCAGUAGUACAGGGUUGAAGGCUAAUCAAAGCAAAUCUCAAGUUUACUUUGGAGGUGUUCCAAAUACAGACAAGCUCAGACUUCACACAUGGGCUAGCAGGCAUCUCUCAUAUGCAGGGAGGACGCAACUCAUUACUUCUGUCCUAUUGGGUCUGCGGAACUAUUGGAUGAAUAUCUUCUUGCUCCCACAAAGUAUAGUCAAAGAGGUUGAUAAACUUUGCCUGUGGUUUCUGUGGGGUAACAAUGGUACCAGAAGCAACUUUCAUCUUGCUUCCUGGUCCAAAGUCUGCUUGCCAAAAGCUCUUGGGGGUUUGGGUUUUGGUGAAGAAGCUAAAUGGAACAAGGCUACGCUUGCUAAAUAUAUUUGGGCCAUUAGUCACCAACAAGAGACUUUGUGGAUGAAGUGGAUAAAUACUGUCUACUUAAAAGGCCAAUGUUUCUGGCAUUAUCAACUUGAGGCCGAUUCAAGUUGGUAUUGGCAUAAACUUUGCCACAUUCGAGAUGUCUUUACUCAAAAGGACAUAGAUGAUGCUGGCAGUUAA